AGGCUGAGACCAGGGUGACCCUGGGGAAUCUUCCUCCUCCGACAUGUUCCAGAUCAGAACAGGGUCAGCUGUGGCUCAAUUCUCAAAAGAAAGGCCUUUUCAUCUGCGAUGGGCAAUCGUGGAGAGUUCUGCUUUUUCAGACAGAUAGAGAACGUCUGGACUACGUCGAGGAUUUCCAGGAUAUCUACACCAGCUCAGAAACCUUUGAUGUUGAGGUCUUCUUCAUCCCAUCGGAAGGCCUGUUCAUGGCCGCUGCUAACAAGGACUCUCUGUCAGGUUCAGGCGUCUACAAAUGGACGAACGGAUCAUUUCAGCUCUACCAGAACAUCAGCACGCAGGAGGCCCGGGCAUGGAAACACUUUACCAUAGAUGAAAAG